CUCCUGGGACUUAAUGCUAUUUCAGUCUUUUACUGCCCCUGGAAGUGGUAGCAAGGUUCUUCAGAAAAAAGUAAAACUUGCUGCUGAUGAAGAUGAUGAUGAAGAUGAUGAUGAUGAUGAUUUUGAUAAUGAGGAAGCUGAAGAAAAGGCUCCAGUAAAGAAAUCUGUACGAGAUACUCCAGCCAAAAAUGCACAGAAAUCAAACCAGAAUGGAAAAGACUCAAAACCAUCAACACCAAGAACAAAAGGUCAAGAAUCUUUCAAAAAACAGGAAAAGACUCCAAAGACACCGAAAGGACCUAGUUCUGUAGAAGACAUUAAAGCAAAAAUGCAAGCAAGUAUAGAAAAAAGUGGUUCUCUUCCCAAAGUGGAAGCCAAGUUCAUCAAUUAUGUGAAGAAUUGCUUCCAGAUGACUGACCAAGAGGCUAUUCAAGAUCUCUGGCAGUGGAGGAAGUCUCUUUAAGAAAAUAGUUUAAACAGUUUGUUAAAAUUUUCCAUCUUAUUUCAUUUCUAUUAACAGUUGAUAUCUGGCUGUCCUUUUUAUAAUGCAGAGUGAGAACUUUCCCUACCAUGUCUGAUAAAUGUUUUCCAGGUUCCAUUGCCAAGAAUGUGUUGUCCAAAAUGCCUGUUUAGUUUUUAAAGAUGGAACUCCACCCUUUGCUUGGUUUUAAGUAUGUAUGGAAUGUUAUGAUAGGAUAUAGUAGUAGUGGUGGUCAGACAAAUGGAAAUGGUGGGGAGACAAAAAUAUACAUGUGAAAUAAACUCAGUAUUUUAAUAAAGUAAAAAAAAAA